ACAUUAUAGUUGUUAACAAAGGGUUUGUUUCCACGCUUUACGUCAUCUAUGAAUGCAUUGAAACACAAGUUUUCGUUCAUAUGUUUUGAAUGCAAUUGAAUUUUGCGUUAAUUUAACCAUUAAUUGAUUGUUUGGUUUAGAAGUGAAGACAAGUGAUCACUGAAAUCAUGCCACCGAAGAAGACGUCGGCGCCUCAGCCCAGCAAAAAGACUGAGACCAAGAAGAAGGAUAAGAUCAUUGAGGACAAGACGUUUGGUUUGAAGAAUAAAAAGGGAACAAAACAACAGAAAUUCAUACAACAGGUUCAGCAUCAGGUCAAACAACAGGGCGUCAAACGGCCCGAAUUACUUCCCAAUUCUGGUGUCGCGAAGAAAGACGAGAAGAAGAAAGAGUUGGACGAAUUGAACCAAUUGUUCCGUCCGGUGGCCACUCAGAAGGUGGAGAAAGGAGUGGACCCGAAGUCAGUGUUGUGCGCGUUCUUCAAGUCGGGUCAGUGCGGCAAAGGAGACAAAUGUAAGUUCAGUCACGACGUGUCCGUCGAACGCAAGAGCGAGAAGAAGAACAUGUAUGAAGACAACCGACAGGAGGACACUAUGGAGGACUGGGACGAA